CAUCAGUGUGACGAGCAUGUGCGACAAGUCCAAGGCGGACGUGGUGCCAAUCGGGCCCCUCGCGCUGACGAAUAUCGGUCCGAGCUCGGCGGCUCGCAAAUCUACGACCAGCUCGGGCAAGUUUGCGACGUUUUCCAAACUCGUGGUGCCUGAGCGCGCGCCUUUUCGUCACGGUCUCGUGCUCGCCUUGCUCUGCACGGGCUUUGCGACGAUCGUGGCCAUUACGACGUACUACCUCAACCAGAUUGCGAACACGCCGAUCUUUUUUGGUACCAUCCUCGACACGUUCAGCAGCAACCCGAAAGAAGUUCCUAUUGGUGCGCUCCUGCAAGGCUCGGGCGUCCUCGCUGCCGUGAGCUCUGGCAACGCCAAUCCGCCGUCGCUCAUCGACUUGUACACGACGAGCUGCGCCGAUGCCGCGUGCGCCGCAUCGUUUGCGCCGACGGCACUUGCGGCGUGGACGAUCCUCGGCAACGCCUUCGCGCUCAUCCCCAACUUUGAUCAACCGGCGUUCCAGGAUCCAAACCAAGUGAUCAAAUUCUCACAUAUCAACAACCUCGCGGGCAAGAACACGCCAUUGGCGCAGUUUUACAUUGACGGCAUGCCGAUCGCGAUUACGUGCAUGAUUCGUCGCGCCAACUUCUACCUCACGCAGCAAGCCGCGUCGACGGCGGUCAACGACGCGCUCGCGUUCUGUUCGCAGCGCACGUAUGACGCCAAUUGGGGCUGCGAAAACGAAGUCGGCCCGACUGUCAACACGUACGUUCUCCAAAUGAACAAGGGCACCGCGAGCUUCGUUGGCGUCGUCAAGCGAAACCAAGUGUACAUGAACGCGGGUCGUCAAGCCGAACUCUCUGGCGGUCUCUCUGGCGGCGUCUUUCUCCAGUCGGUGCCAGGCGUCGACGAGUACCAACGCGGCGUGGUGCAGGCAAGUGCGCCGUGGGAUGUGCUCGCCGUGACCAGCUGUGCGACGCUCAACCCGAGCACCAACUCGGGCUGGCUCGUGCAGAUGCAGGGCGUCGUGACGAUGACGUGGAAGUGCGACUCGCUCAUGCUGACCAACUCGAUCGUGCUCUGGGUCAUGACGCUGUAUCUGGUCUUGCUGCAGACCAUUUUCCUGCGCCGCAGUGUCAUUUGCGUCAUGCCUGUCUACAUGUCGAAAAAUGUGGUCGGCGCCGCGAUUCUGUUUGUGGCGUUCUGGGGCAACGAGAAUCUCCAAGCGCUCUCGACGUUCUUGCGGCAAAAUCCCGUCGUCGGCUUCAACACGACGUUCUACGCGCUCUGCGGCGCGGCGCAAAUCGCGUCGAUCGUCGGCAUUAUGACAGGGACCGCGAUCCAGAUCUGGUUCAACCCGCUCAUUGUGACCCAGACAUGGCUCCUCCUCGCGUUCAGUCUCGUCAACUGGGUCGUUGUCUUUGUCUUGGAAGGCUUUGUGUUUCCGUACGCGAGCGAGAACACGCCGACCACUUGCGCGCUCACGUCGUCCACCAAUUGCUACAACUUUAGCGCGAUUUCCAACACGUACUUUGUCUCGGCGAUCGUGUGCGGGUUUAUCGUGCUGCUGGCGAUCCUCACGAUCUACUACGACGCGUACCGCCGACCGGACCCGAUCGUAAUUGCGGCCGAGAACAGCAUGCUCCAGUACCUCACGGUCUCGGACUUUUCAACGAUUGCGACGACGACGCGCGGGUGCUCGCUCGUCGACAGCAAGACCGGCGCGACGCUUAUCGACGAAGGCGUCUUGCUCAUCAAGAACAUGCUCCACGUCUCGAAUUCGAACCUCACGCGUCUCUCCAACGUGCAGUACGAGGUCAUCUUUCGGUUCAUUCCGACGCGGCUAUUGAAGCGCCUCUUCAGCGAGACCGUCGGGUCCAUCCUUAUCUACAACGUCGUCGACGGCAAAAUCACAGGCGAAUUUACGCACAAGUUUCUCCAUGAAAUGGAAAUCGGCGCCAUGGACAAGGUCACGGGGUACAUUUCGUAAUUCAACUACCUCUCUUUCAAUAACGAUUUCAUCGAUACAUGAAGUAUGCAUGUUUACUGCCGCC